GAGAAUGAAAGUAGCAGCUCCUCAUAGCUGUGAUAUUUUAUGCGAAAGGGAAGUUACAUGCCAAAGCUAUAAUUUCAACAGAAAAGAACAGAUCUGUGAAUUAAACAACCGUACAAAGGACGCACGACCUGAGAAUUUCCGCACAGACCCUGCGUGGUUUGACAUUCGCCGUUUGAACGGAAGAGCUCCCUUGGGUUCGAUUCCGGAGUUACCAGCACGUUCAUGCCAUGAGAUAAAAGCAAGUGAAGGGAAAGACAUUGCAAGUAGCAACUACUGGGUGGAUCCAUCUGGCACUGGGAAGGCACUUCUGGUUAAUUGUGAUAUGUAUUUGGAAGAUCACGAUGAAUGCAUCAAUGAAAAUAAUGCUUGUGACGUCAAUGCAUACUGUACCAACACCGUGGGCUCCUAUUAUUGUACUUGCAAGGAAGGUUACACUGGCAAUGGACGAUCGUGUUCAGACAUAGACGAGUGUUCGACUGGUAAACAUGGCUGUGGAAGUAAUGCGACAUGCAAUGACAUAAUCGGAUCGUACAGGUGCAGAUGUAACGAAGGAUACUAUCGAAAUAAUAUAAAUUGUACUGGUAAUCAUUUUGUUGUUUCAAACACACAUGAGUGUUUGAAUGAAACAAACGGAUGUGAUAUAAAUACUGAGUGUAACAAUACUCAGGGAUCUUACAACUGCACGUGUAAAAAUGGAUUUCAAGGAAAUGGAACUAACUGCACAGGUAAAAUGUCAUCUCAUUUUCUCUCCAUCAGAAGAAGAAAUAACACAAACAUAGAUGAGUGUGGUGACAGAACGCACGACUGUGAUGUGAAUGCUGAGUGUAAGAAUACACUGGGAUCUUACAACUGCGCGUGUAAAGAUGGAUUUCAUAGAAAUGGAACUAACUGCACAGACGUAGAUGAGUGUGGUGACAGAACGCACGACUGUGAUGUGAAUGCUGAGUGUAAGAAUACUCUGGGAUAUUACAACUGCACGUGUAAAGAUGGAUUUCAAGGAAAUGGAAGUAACUGCACAGACAUAGAUGAGUGUGGUGACAGAACGCACGACUGUGAUGUGAAUGCUGAGUGCAACAAUACACUGGGAUCUUACAACUGCACGUGUACAGAUGGAUUCAAAGGAAAUGGAACUAACUGCACAGACAUAGAUGAGUGCGCUGACAGAACACACGACUGUGAUGUGAAUGCUGAGUGCAACAAUACACUGGGAUCUUACAACUGCACGUGUAAAGAUGGAUUUCAUGGAAAUGGAACUAACUGCGCGGAUAACGAUGAGUGUUCUGACAGAACACACAGCUGUGAUAUGAAUGCUGAGUGUGACAAUACCCCGGGGUCUCACAAGUGCACGUGUAAAGAUGGAUUUUAUGGAAAUGGUACUAACUGCACGGACAUAGACGAGUGUGUCGACAGAAUACACCCAUGUGAUGUGUAUGCUGAGUGUAACAGUACCUUGGGAUCUUACAACUGCACGUGUGAAGAUGGAUUUCAUGGAAAUGGAACUAAUUGCUCAGACUCCAACGAAUGUAGUGAAGGUACUCACGGCUGUGAUGUGAAUGCUGAGUGUAACAACACCCUGGGAUCUUACAAGUGCACGUGUAAAGAUGGAUUCAAAGGAAAUGGGACUAAAUGCACAGGAGGUGCAUCGAAGUCGUCCAGCAAUUCAAAUGCCGGGGAUGAAAAUAAAAAAACUGCCGGAGGUGGUGGAGGUACAUUUGUGGUGAGACGAAGCAACACGCCUUUGAUCAUAGCUGGAGGUGGAGGGGGGAUUAAAAAGAUGUCAGAACAACAUCCAGGAUGUGAUGCGUCCAUAAGCACCACAGGAAAUGCUGGGAACAACUCGCCACUGGGGUCAGGAGGAAGCAAUGGACAUGGGGGGAAAACCAGUGGUCAACGUUCAGGUGGUGGAGGUGGCGGCUUCUUUAGGGAUGGAAAGACUGCAAAGGAUGGAGGGGGACAAGGUGGAAAAGGAGGUAAAGGAUAUAUCCAGGGAGGAGAGGGUGGAGCGUUUCAGGGUGGAUUCGGAGGUGGCGGUGGUUUUCGUGGAGGGAACAACGGAGCUGGUGGCGGUGGUGGUUACUCUGGGGGAAAUGGAGUUGCAGAUUACUGCAUCCAACACCAGUGCCAAAACAGUGCAUGGUGUGUAAAACAACACGUCAACUACAUGUGCGUGUGUAACUCAUCCGGGUGGACUGGAAACUUUUGCGAGCAAGACGUCAACGAAUGUGAGAAAGGUCUGCAUGGAUGCCAUGCUGACGCCACGUGUAACAACACUGAAGGCUCUUACAAUUGCUCCUGCAAAGCAGGAUUAAUCGGGGAUGGAAGAAACAUGUGCAUAGAGUUUAAAGCUGUCUUUACAAAUCUUGGUUCGACUGCAACUAGCGGUCCAAGCUCACUUGGCGGUCACUAUACAGGGAAAGAUCAUGACGGACAAGUUACCGUAUCCAGUGGCAUUCAACGAUGGACUGUGCCAUACACUGGAGAAUAUAAAAUAGAAGCUAUAGGGGCUGCAGGGUGGUAUGGUAAGGACAGUGUCAUCCAGAAUGGAGGAAGAGGAGCAAGGAUGAUCGGAAACUUUAUUUUGACCAAAAAUGAGAUCAUUCGUAUACUUGUUGGUCAUAAAGGAAAAAGAGGGCCUNAACUGUUCAAGGUUGAGGAAAACGCUGUAAUUAACAUGUAUUGCAUCCAACACCAGUGCCAAAACAGUGCAAGGUGUGUAAAACAACACGUCAACUACACGUGUGUGUGUAACUCAUCCGGGUGGACUGGAAACUUUUGUGAGCAAGACGUCAACGAAUGUGAGAAAGGUCUGCAUGGAUGCCAUGCUGACGCCACGUGUAACAACACUCAAGGCUCUUACAAUUGCUCCUGCAAAGCAGGAUUAGUCGGGGACGGAAGAAACAUGUGCAUAGAGUUUAAAGCCGUAUUUACAAAUCUUGGUUCGACUGCAACUAGCGGUCCAAGCUCACUUGGCGGUCACUAUACCGGAAAAGAUCAUGACGGACAAGUUACCGUAUCCAGUGGGAUUCAACGAUGGACUGUGCCAUACACUGGAGAAUAUAAAAUAGAAGCUAUAGGGGCUGCAGGGUGGUAUGGUGAGGACAGUGUCAUCCAGAAUGGAGGAAGAGGAGCAAGGAUGAUCGGAAACUUUAUUUUGACCAAAAAUGAGAUCAUUCGUAUACUUGUUGGUCAUAAAGGAAAAAGAGGGCCUUACGCCAUAACAACUGCAGGAAGUGGUGGAGGUACAUUUGUGGUGAGAGGAAGCAAUACGCCUUUGAUCAUUGCUGGAGGUGGAGGGGGGAUUAAAGAGAUGUCAGAACAACAUUCAGGAUGUGACGCAUCCACAAGCACCACAGGGAAUGAAGGGUACCUCUCGCCAUUGGGGUCGGGAGGAACAAACGGAAAUGGAGGAGGUAGCGUUGGUGAUAAGCCAG